AUGUUAUUCCUUAUCUGGUUGGUGUUACCCACUGUUUAUGGUCAAAAUCUUUACGGUCCUUCUCAACUUGACCAAUAUGCUCGUCUGAUCAAUUCUGGAAAUUUGAAUGGUUUUGGUUGGCUGAACCAAGCCAUACAGAAGGGAACUAUUCGCGGUUUUGGUGAUUUAGAUGAAAAGCCAAAAUUACAGGGAUUACCUCCUCUACCCUUAACGCACGAAGAAGUGCUUCAUCAGUUGACCUCCACAUCUCCUCAACCAACAACUCAGGCAACAGCUAGACCAACUCAAGCAACUCCAACUCCUCUCCCACAAGCUGAUAUUUAUGGAAUAAAUCCAGUCCCCGAAAUGCCUCCUAGACCGGAAGAGAGAAUCCGUGGAACUUAUGAUGAUGAUGGUGUUUUCCAUCCAUCUCCAGACUCUGAUGAGGAUGAUAUUCACCCUCGUCGUUCACAGAUCCGCGGAACGAAAAUUCGUGAUUUCUCGGAGAAAAGCCAAAAGCGUGCUGCUUCUCCUCCAACAAGUUUUGGCGAAGAUUAUGAGUCAGAUGAUUUCUAUGACGAUCCACAUCUUAGAGUGCCUUCUAAUAAUCAUCAUGAAGGAUCUAAUGUCAAAAAAACCUUCCAAGUUGAUCAGAGUGCUCAUACACGACAGACUAAUAAUCGCGUCUUCCCAAAAGAACAACACCCACGCAUUGUCCCACCUAGGAUCCAUCCAUCAGCACCCACUUCUUCUUCGCCGUCUGGCAAUCAUCCACCACCUCCAUUCGUUUUCCAUCCACAUGCUUCCCCAACUCAAGAUCGUGAACCACUACUUAAUAACUUAUUAUCAGAAGUUGAAGAGUAUGAUGAUUUUCUGGAUCAACAAAGAGCUUACCGAGAGAAGUAUCCCCAUAGCCAUGUUGUUAACCCAUAUCGAAUGUUACCUGAAGGUCAAUUGCCAACAAUCAGUUCAAGAACAAACUUCCUGAAUGUUCCCCCACGUCAGGCAUUCCAAAACCCUCGUCCAGCAGAGCGUAUUGUGGCUCAGCCAACUCAACAAAGCCAUUUCAACCAAUUUAAUAAUAAUUUUGCUCCCCCGCCACAACAACAACAACAACAACAACAACAGCAUCAACAAGCUUUCCACUACCCACGAGAAUCAACGGAACAUCCCUUAUUAAGCAUUUUCAAUUUGUUCUCUCUACCUCAUGCGCAUGCAUUGGCAGCCCCAAGUCUUCAUGCUUCAUCUGCUUCAUCAGCUGAUAUCCCGGAGAAAAAGCCAAACACCAUUGAAGGAACAACCAUUGAACGAGGAACUCUUCUUCCAUCAUCUGGUCUCGUUGAUAUUCAUCAAAGACCACUGAAUCUGCCGACAGGCGUCUUUCCAACGUUCGGAUAA